AUGGCAGUCGAUACUAGUAUCGCCAAGCCCAACCGUGUUUCGUUCCGAUCAUGGAUCUGGGACGCGGACUCGCACCUCAAGAGCAAAGCUGAGCUGCGGCUCUUGCUGAAGCUCGAUCUCUCCAUCCUCAUUAUUGGCUGUUUCGGAUUCUUCAUGAAAUUUCUCGACCAAACCAAUCUGAUGAAUGCCUACGUCUCUGGUAUGAAGGAAGACCUCCAGAUGAACGGCAACGAGUACACCUACGCCAACACCAUGUACACAAUUGCCUACGCCAUCAUGCAGGUCCCGAGCACUCUCAUCGUCCAAAAGGUUCGCCCGGCCGUCUGGCUCACCAUUAUGGAGGUCGGCUGGGGCGUCUGGACCUUUGCCCAGGCGGGCAUUACCAACUCGAAUCAGCUGUACGCGUUCCGCUUCCUCGUCGGUCUGUUCGAGAGCUCUUUUUCCCCUGUUCUGGUCUAUCUUAUCGGCGGGUGGUAUACCAAAACCGAGAUGGCUAAGCGCACCGCUCUUUUUAUGAUGACCGCUCCGAUCGGAACGGCCUUCUCUGGGUACCUACAAGCUGCCGUCUACACCAACCUUGACGGUGUCAACGGUCUUGCCGGAUGGAGAUGGCUGUAUAUCAUCUGUGGUAUCAUGACCGUUCCGGUCGGCAUCGCCACCUUCUUUUUCCUCCCCGAUACCCCUUAUACCACUAAAGCAUGGUUCCUCACUGAGGAAGAGCGUGUUUUGGCGUUGGAGAGGGUGCGAAAGCAGGGAACGGCGCCGCCGGGUGAGCUUAGCUUCAAACACGUGGCAAGUGUAUUGACCAGAUGGAGGUGGUAUGGCUUUGUAAUUGCCUAUGUUCUUUACGGCUGUUCCUCCAUGUCUGCAGGAUUCUUCGCUAUCUGGCUCAAGUCGGAAGGAUACACCGUCGUCCAGAGUAAUGUUAUUCCCACUGGAACAUGGCUGAUCUCGGGCUUUGCCACUGUUCUUUGGGGCUACCUGUCCGACUACACAGGAAGCAGAUUCCUUUUUGUCCUUAUCCCACUGGCGCUCGGGCUAAUCUCGAACGGCAUUUUGGCCUUCUGGCCAUCCGGUAUCGGUAUCAAGAUGUUUGCAUUCUUGUUUAUCGGAGUCCAGCUCAUGCCGGGCGUGUUCUUCGCCUGGGCAAUGGAAAUAUGCCGCGAGGAUAACGAAGAGAGAGCCAUUGUUGCCAGCAGUAUGAACGGCAUGACCUACGCAGUAGUGGCUUGGCUGCCGAUCCUGAUUUUCCCGCAGACCAUGGCACCCGACUUCCGCUAUGGAUAUCCGGCUAGUUUCGGUUUGGUCAUCGCAUCGAUCAUUGCCGUGAUCAUCGUCCAGCUUCUCGUCAUCCGGGAGAGGAAGAAGAAGAGAGGUGAGAUUACAGAUGCCGCCAGCCAAGACGACGAAGAGAAAUCCGAUCGGGGGAUCAAAGACGGCGUCACUGAUGUGAAGGCCGUUGCAGACUAA